UUCUCUGCUUCCUGCCAGCUGGUUGUCCUGCAGGUGGCAACCCUGCACCCCACCCACACCAGAUGGCAACGGUAUUCUGUAAAGUGGGGGGUGGGGAGGAGGCUGUACCAAAGAAAGAAGCCCUCAAUGUUAUGAAUGCGAUCGACCAAUUGCCGAAGCCCUGCCCAAACCCGAAGUUUAUUAACCGGUCCAUGGCUACCAAAGGCCUCCUGCUUCCCUCACGACGCAGCUUGGCCAACUACUCAGAGGAAGAAAACACCGAUGUCAUGAUGCAGAUGCCAGCAGAAGAGUCUGAAUACAGUUCAGAUGACACUAGUAUGUCCCCCAUACCGUCCACUCUGAUGAACCCCAUCAAGAUGACCGUGACCCAGCCCAAUAGCAGCUUCUUUGCCGGCAUCCUGGAGGGUGAGCUAAACAAACUCAGUGUGUCAUCACUGGCCAAGAAUACAACAGAAAAGGAUAAUCUGGCCAUCUGCACCCGCUCGUCUAAGUCCCAAAUGGCCACCAGGGGCCUGUUGGACCUUGACAACCCUGCGCUGGACACGGACACCUCCUCAACACGUUCUGAGUCUUCUGUGGUCAUGGAUGUGCCAGAGCCGCCGUUCAUCUGUGAACACACUGUUGGCGAUUCCACAGCAGUGAUUUCCUGGACUUACCCUGCAGGCAAGCAGCAGGUCAGUUUCUACCAGGUGCUGCUGCAGGAGGCAACCAAACCAGGUGACAAGGAUACGCCUAAGGUCAAGAACCGCCCCUGGAUCUUCAACAAGAUCCUGGGUACCACUGUCAAGCUGAUGGAGCUGAAGUCAAACACGAGUUACUGUCUCACUGUCCGGGCUGCCAACACUGCAGGGGUGGGGAAGUGGUGCAAGCCCUAUAAGUUUGCAACCGUGUCUACUGACUUUAACAGCUUCCCUGAGAACAAUCCCAUCCAGGUCACCGUGCAGCGCAGGCAACCUCAGCGGAGAACCGUGUCCAUGACGAUGGAGGAGAUGCGGAGGCUGGAGGAUCUGGAAUACCUAUAUCCAUAUUGAAGGGUGUAGGCCGAGGCUAUCUCUGCCCACCGUCUGCCUUGGCUCUGGGUCCUCAAGGACCAGAGCCAUGAGAUGUACUGUACUAUCAAGCACCAAGCCAAAGAACCACUAGUUAUCCACCAGCCUAGGGCCUGGGGCAGAUAUAUUGGAACCUCACCCCUGGGUAAGGGCCAUGGACAGACAAGAGCCCCAUUCACCUAGUGACAUCUUGGGCUGGGCCAGGCUCAGUCACUGCCCAACAGCUGCUAGGCACCCUCCUCCCUCUGACUUGGGCUGGUUCCAGGUCCCCCCCAUUAAAGAACUGAAGGCCCAUACAGCAGCACCCUCAAACUCUGCUUCCCGUUGCCUAAGCCUAAGCUGGGCCAGAGCACGGGCCUCUUGUCAGAGCCAGCAGUCCAGUAGGGAGACUGAGAGUAAGGAUGGCUGGGUGACAGGCUAACACUCCAGACUAAAUGCCCAGCUUUAAAAGAAUGCUCUGGCUGAAUUCUAGCUUAUGAAUCCUUCCCUUAUGAAGUACAAGGUCAUUGUCUCCUGGGGCUCAGGUAGCUAAUACUAAUGUAAGGUCAUUUGGGCACAGGUGCAGGAUCACUGUGACACGCAUGUGCCUGACACCAGACAAAUCUUAACUGGUGGUUCCUGUGCCUCUCAUGCAACCCUAUUCUGAUGUGAGAGGGGAGGCUGAAUAUCAGCUGGGUGAUGUGCAAAAUGUAGAAGCCCCUAUCGGAGGGAGGAAGCAUAAGGAUCUAUUACCAGGCAGACCCAAAGCCUCUCCACAGGUGACUAGGGGCCAUGAAGAGACAGUGCUGAGAGAAAACGACAGUAGGGUCUCACAGGGCAAAGGUCUCAGCCAAGGCCUGAAAGACUGGGAUAGCUUUCAUUCUUUCAAGGUUCUCUGAGAGCAGUCACUCAUGACACUGUGCCCACGUCAUCUAGAGCUGUCCCACACCAACUGCCUCCCUGCUGGCCAUCCUCUGUGAUGGCCCUGGCCUUCCUCUCUAGCCUGAGGGGCUGGUGCAGUGCUGGAGACCUGGCAGGGCCUUAGACAGUAUGCCAGGAGAGGCACUGGCGAGACUGUCAAUACCAGAGUCCUCCCGAGCAGGCUGAGAACAGGGUUGCUGGAUGUGCUUUCUUUUAGUUUGUGCAAGCAGGCAAGUGGCAGGAUGACCAUGGACAGCUCAGUUUUAGCCUUUCCACUGGUCACUUUCUCCCUUACUGUGAAGCAGCAAAGGGCAGUUUCCUGAUCAGCAUGGGCUGCAGCGACAGUGCAGGGGAGGGGCUGGAUGAACUUUCUUGGGAAUCCCUGACUGAGCGUGGGGAUUCUAGGACAAGAAGCUGCAACAUGAACACAAAAUAUAAGUUAUUUAUUUGGCCA